CUUCCUUCUUCUCCUGGUCGUCGUCGUCGUCAUUCCACGUAGUCGUCGCCGUCAAUGUCGUCGUCGUCGUCCUCGCUGGCGCAAGGCCGGACAUCUGGGACCGAGGAUGUCGCAAGGGUCCUGCAGAGCGAACGCGAGUACUGGAGCAGGAAGUGCCUCCAGCAGGUCGGCGGCGAGGUGGAGAAGGCCAUGCAGAUGAAGGCGGGGGCGCUGGAGAGCAGCGUCGUGGAGAAGGCGAAAGAGUCCUUGAUGCCAUUCAUCGACGAGGCCGUCGCCGGGCUGCAGGGCCGCAUCUUGAGGAGCCUGCACCAGGAGCUGGAGGUGCAGCGCGCGGAGUGGGAGGCGCAGAGGGCCCGCCAGGCCCAGGUCGAGGCGGCGGCGCUGGCCGCGCAGGUGGAGGCGCGCUGCGCCGCGCAGCUGGACGCCCUGCGGGCCACCGUCGGCGAGCUGCGCAGCGAGCUCCGGGAGCAGCGCCGGCAGAUCUGCGCGCUGGCCGCGGGGCCGGAGC